CGCCGGGUCGGGAGCUAGUUGGAGCGCGGGGGCUGCCGCCCGAGCCCAGCUCGGCGGAGCCGGGCGGGUCGGCGGCGCGUCGGACCGCUGCUGGCGGACCCGAGCGUGCCGGCGCGGACCCGGGUCGCGGCUGCACUGGAGCGCCGAGUGAGGGUCGAGGGCGAUUCCUGCGCGGCGGCCUCAUUCCCAGACGGGCCGCGAGUCCUCCCGGUUCCUCUCUGCCGCUCCCCGCCGCCGGGAACCGGGAGCCGCUUGGAACCCGGCACCUGCGCCAGCAACCCGGAGGUCUUCCCCCAGCCUGCCUUCGGGAGCCAGCACCACAGAGGGGCCCACCAUGGUGUUCCCCGGACCCCUGGCUGUCACACUGCUUGUAGUGCACCUCGCCUGCUCCCAGGAUGUCGCCGGUGAAGCCAGCGGUGAGCAGCAGCUGUGCUCCCUGAGGGAACACCCCAUCGUGGCCUUUGCAGAUCUGAAGCCAUGGGUCUCUAACUUCACCUACCCUGGAGCCCAAGAUUUCUCCCAGCUCGCUCUGGAUCCUUCCAGAAACCAGCUCAUCGUGGGAGCCAGGAACUACCUCUUCAGACUCAGCCUUGCCAAUGUCUCCCUCCUUCAGGCCACAGAGUGGGCCUCCAAUGAGGACACGCGCCGCUCCUGCCAAAGCAAAGGGAAGACCGAGGAGGAGUGUCAGAACUACGUGCGAGUCCUGAUUGUCACUGGCCGGAAAGUGUUCAUGUGUGGGACCAAUGCCUUUUCCCCAGUGUGCUCCAGCAGACAGGGGGAGCUCUACGCUGCCACAGUCAUCGACUUCUCAGGUCGGGACCCCGCUAUCUAUCGCAGCCUGGGCAGCCGGCCACCACUUCGCACCGCCCAGUAUAACUCCAAGUGGCUUAAUGAGCCAAACUUUGUUGCAGCCUAUGACAUCGGGCUGUUUGCAUACUUCUUCCUGCGGGAGAACGCAGUGGAGCACGACUGUGGACGCACCGUGUACUCUCGGGUAGCCCGCGUGUGCAAGAACGAUGUGGGAGGCCGCUUCCUGCUGGAGGACACUUGGACCACGUUCAUGAAGGCCCGGCUCAACUGCUCCCGCCCGGGUGAGGUCCCCUUCUACUACAACGAGCUGCAGAGCGCCUUCCACCUGCCCGAGCAGGACCUCAUCUACGGGGUCUUCACCACCAACGUAAACAGCAUCGCUGCGUCUGCUGUCUGUGCCUUCAAUCUCAGUGCCAUCUCCCAGGCUUUUAAUGGCCCGUUUCGCUACCAGGAGAACCCCAGGGCUGCCUGGCUCCCCAUCGCCAACCCCAUCCCCAAUUUCCAGUGCGGCACCCUGCCGGAGGUGGGCCCCAACGAGAACCUGACGGAGCGCAGCCUGCAGGACGCACAGCGCCUGUUCCUGAUGAGUGAGGCUGUGCAGCCCGUGACACCGGAGCCUUGCGUCACCCAAGACAGCGUGCGCUUCUCACACCUCGUGGUGGACCUUGUGCAGGCCAAGGAUACGCUCUACCACGUGCUCUACAUCGGCACGGAGUCGGGCACCAUCCUGAAGGCACUGUCCACGACGAGCCGCAGCCUCCGCGGUUGCUACCUGGAGGAGCUGCACGUGCUGCCCCCCGGGCGCCGGGAGCCACUGCGCAGCCUGCGCAUCGUGCACAGCGCCCGCGCGCUCUUCGUGGGGCUGAGCGAUGGCGUGCUGCGCGUCCCGCUGGAGAGGUGUGCCGCCUACCGCAGCCAGGGGGCCUGCCUGGGGGCACGGGACCCGUACUGCGGCUGGGAUGGAAAGCAGCAGCGUUGCAGCACUCUUGAGGACAGCUCCAACAUGAGCCUCUGGACCCAGAACAUCACAGCAUGUCCUGUGCGAAAUGUGACUCGGGAUGGGGGCUUUGGCCCGUGGUCACCGUGGCAACCAUGUGAGCACUUGGAUGGGGACAACUCAGGCUCUUGCUUGUGUCGGUCCCGAGCCUGUGACUCCCCUCGACCCCGCUGUGGGGGCCUCGAGUGCCUGGGGCCAGCCAUUCACAUUGCCAACUGCUCCAGGAACGGGGCAUGGACACCGUGGUCGUCUUGGGCCCUGUGCAGCACCUCCUGUGGGAUCGGAUUCCAGGUCCGCCAGCGGAGCUGCAGCAACCCUGCGCCGCGCCACGGGGGCCGCAUCUGCGUGGGCAAGAGUCGGGAGGAGCGGUUCUGUAACGAAAACACGCCUUGCCCGGUGCCCAUCUUCUGGGCAUCCUGGGGCUCCUGGAGCAAGUGCAGCAGCAACUGUGGGGGCGGCGUGCAGUCGCGCCGCCGGACCUGUGAGAACGGCAACUCCUGCCCGGGCUGCGGCGUGGAGUUCAAGACGUGCAACCCCGAGGCCUGCCCCGAAGUGCGGCGCAACACGCCGUGGACGCCGUGGCUGCCGGUGAACGUGACCCAGGGCGGGGCGCGGCAGGAGCAGCGCUUCCGCUUCACUUGCCGCGCGCCGCUGCCCGAUCCCCACGGGCUGCAGUUUGGCCGGAGGAGAAUGGAAACCAGAACUUGCCCGGCGGACGGCUCAGGAGCCUGCGACACCGACGCCCUGGUAGAGGAUCUCCUGCGCAGCGGGGGCGCCUCCCCGCUCAUGGUGAGCGGGGGCUGGGCCGCCUGGGGCCCAUGGUCCUCCUGCUCCCGGGACUGUGAGCUGGGUUUCCGCGUCCGCAAGAGAACAUGCACGAACCCCGAGCCCCGCAACGGUGGCCUGCCCUGCGUGGGUGACGCCGCCGAGUAUCAGGACUGCAACCCGCACACUUGUCCAGUGAGGGGUGCCUGGUCUUGCUGGACCGCUUGGUCCCCGUGCUCCGCCUCCUGUGGUGGCGGCCACUACCAACGCACCCGUUCCUGUACCAGCCCAGCACCUUCCCCCGGCGAGGACAUUUGUCUCGGGCUGCACACGGAGGAGGCGCUGUGUGCCACACAGGCCUGCCCAGAAGGCUGGUCACCGUGGUCUGAGUGGGGUGCAUGCACUGAGGACGGCGUGCAGAGCCGCGACAGGCACUGUGAGGAGCUGGCCCCUGGGCCCAGCGCUUGUUCUGGAAACAGCAGCCAGAGCCGCCCCUGCCCUUACAGCGAGAUUCCUGUGAUCCUGCCUGCCUCCAGUGUAGAUGAGGCCACCAGCUGUGGAGGGUUCAGUCUCAUCCACCUGGUGGCCACAGGUAUCUCCUGCUUCCUGGGCUCUGGGCUGCUGACCUUGGUGGUGUACCUGUCCUGCCAACAUUGCCAGCACCAGUCCCAGGAGUCUACGCUCGUCCAUCCCGCCACCCCCAACCACCUGCACUACAAGGGUGGGGGCACCCCCAAGAAUGAGAAGUACACACCCAUGGAAUUCAAGACCCUGAACAAGAAUAACCUGAUCCCUGAUGACAGAGCCAACUUUUACCCAUUGCAGCAGACCAACGUGUACACGACCACCUACUACCCAAGCCCACUGAACAAACACAGCUUCCGGCCUGAGGCCUCACCUGGACAACGGUGCUUCCCCAACAGCUGAUAUCACUGUCCUGGGGACUUGGGCUCCUUGCCUUCCAAAGGCACAGAGCAGGUGGCGAUGGGACGGUGGAGCCAGUUUGGUGUUCUCCCUCUGCAGUAGGCCAGGAACUUGCUGCCUUGCCUUGCGGGGGUCCCAUCCGGCUUCAGAGAGCUCUGGCUGGCAGUGACCAUGGGGGAGAGGGCUGGCUUCAGGCUGGCACGUGGCUGCAGUUCUGGCUCAGCCCAGGUCUCUCAUGGCCUGCUUGCAACCCACCAUCGUGCUGAUCUCCCCUGCCAUGUCUGGGCUGUGGACCUGCUAGGCGUGUGAGGGAAUUGGAGCGUGAGGCAUCAGGAAGGCAGGCUCUUAGGUUUGGGCUGGAAAUGAUGGCCUGUGUGGCUCUCAUGGGCUGAGUCUGCCCCUCUCUGGCUGGCCCCAGGAAGGCCUGGGGUGCAUCCCGAUUAUCUUGGAAAGAAAUUAAUCUAAUGGCCCUAAUAGUUCUGGAUUCUCUGCCCAGGGCUGGGCCAUCGUGGUGCUGCCCCAGUAUGACAUGGGGACCAAGGCUGGCCCAGGCUGUCCACCUUCUCCUAGCAGUCUGAACAUGGCCCAGGGACGUCCCUCCGGUCAGAGGCAGUGGGGACUAGGGGCUGGAGGCUGAUCUUUGCUGAGAAGUCCUUUAAUCUGGGCUGGCACAUCCCUCAGCCUUUCCUUCAGAGUGCACGAAUGGUAGCCCAGGAGCAAGGAAGGCAGGAGUCCAGCCCCCAUGCGGCUCUGGAGACUGCCUUCCAGUUGCUGCUCGAUGUAGCUGUUGGCUGAGACCUGCUUGGGAGUCUGUGCUGGCCCCUCAUCUGUUCAGGAACAUACACACACGUACACACACAAUCACAAUCUGCUACAGCAACAAAAAGGAUGUUAGGCUGUGGCAUGAUUAAUUAAAGAUGAUACCCAGUCUCCAAAUGUAACGUUGUCUUUGUACAUAUGUUUGUGGGCUCUUCUUGGCAUCAUCUGAUCAAUUAGGGUAAUGCACUGGGGUGACAGAUGGUCUUCUCAUGGUGGGGCAGAUGACCCAGGAGAGUUUGACUUUAAUAGAGGAUAACUUGCCAUUUGUGAAUAAAUCUCCACACACAUGUUGUGCUAAACCCUUGUUGGAAAAGAGGUUACAGAUAAACAAAUUCACAAGUAGGGACACAGAAAACUCAAGGCAGUACAAUAGGAAAUGUCUGCCUGUUCCCUUAGCAGCACUAUCAGGCUCCACAGUGGAAAUAUCUGAGUCCAGCAGGGGAGUAUUAAUGAGGGGUAUUUUAUGAGGUAUUUACACUGCUGAGUUUAAUAAAUCAAAAUUGACCGAGAAAUGAGUAAGCCUGUGAGGUGGGGGAAGCCUGCUGUAGUUUUUGCUGGAUUAAAUCAAAAUAGCCUCAAAGUCUCAGCCCAGGAAAUCAGUGCUUCCAUUUUGGAUGAGACUGAUGGACAUGAUAAAUUUAGAGAGCAAUUUCCUAACUUAAUUGGCUGGAUCAAUUCUUACAGGAUUCCCAGCAAAAUCUACUUGUAGGAUAGGCUGUAAAGUGUGAGAUCCUGGGGAAAGAGGAGGCAGAGAGUCUUGGGGAGGAGAGGGGGAGGAAGAAAAGAGCAUUCCGGGCCCGUGUGUCUUGGAGAACUUUGUGCUCACCAGGACAAGGGCAACAGCAGUAGCCUCAGGCUGAGGUGGAGCCCAGUCAGAGCUCAGGGGACAUACGAGCAUUUCUGGGGAUUCCUGCUCACCCUGUGAAUGCAGAGCUUGUAGGGGUCUGUGCUAGAUCUUGGGGCUUUGGAUUCCCUUGGACUUUGUAGAGACAGGGAAGUUCAAGAGUGUUCCAGGGCCCAGGGUGCCUGCUUCACAGGGUUCACUCACAUGUGCCUGGUACUGUUCAGGUCUGGAGGAAGUAGUCAUGGAGAAUUCCUGUGGCAUGCCCAGCCACUGGGACUGGAAUGGCAACAGUGGGAGGUAACCCCAUGUGUCAUGGCAAAAUACACACCACACAUGCACGCACGCACACACAUACACACACUGAAUUCUUUGUUCAUAAAACCUGUUGUGUUUUUGGAGGCAUGACCAUUCAUAACUCUGGAAAGGAUCCACACUGCAUGCAAUUAGCUUGCAUGGAUGGCACAGGCUACUUCAUAGCCUGGCCCAGAACUGAGGAAAACGGAAAUGUGCUCCCUGAUGAGGGUGUGAUGCUCUCUGGCAGGUGCUUGAGGCCACAUGGAUGGCUGCAUAGUAUCAGGGAGCUAAAGUGGGAAAGAAAAAGGGGCUUCACUGGCUCAGCUGGCCCAGCAAGAAGCUCCAGCAAGAGGGAGGAAGAUGCCAGGUUGGGUGCUCCAAGCCUUCUUGGGCCCUCUUGUCUCAAAAUAACUCUGUGUGUGUGUGUGCGCAUUUUCUUCUUAUUAAAGUAAUAUACUUUCACUGUGGAAAAUUUAGAGAACUCAGGAAACCAAAAAGUACAAUUAACAGUUAUGUUGAAAAACAAAGCAGAGACUUGGGGAAUGUAAAUAAAUGUGGUAUCUCAACAUCACUCCAAAAAUAUAGAGAACAAAAAACAAAAGCUCUGUCACUAUUUUCAAUAAAACUAGGAUGUAUCUGUAAUCCCAAAUCAUAAUACAUGAAGACAGAAAGCAGAUGAAGGAACAGCAAUCAUCUAGUAGGGUGGAUGUGGGUCAAACCUGAGCACUCAAUUUCAGAAGGAAUCAGAAGUUGGAAGAAUAAAGUAUCAGGGAAGGUGGGGUUAAGGUAGGAGCCUUAAAAAGAGAGGGCUUGGUUCAUUUCUCCAGGAUGAAGAAAGAGCUGGGCACCUUU